AUGGAGAAGAUACUUGAACGCUAUGAAAGAUAUUCUUAUGCUGAGAGACAGCUUGUUGCUACGGAGUGUCAACCUCAGGUAUUUAUUUAUGUGUAUAGUAAUUGGCAACAAAAAGGUGUUAAUGUUGUGGCAACUGAUCUGCAGGGCAACUGGUGCAUGGAGUAUAACAGACUUAAAGCUAAGGUUGAGCUCUUGCAGAAAAAUCACAGGCACUAUACGGGAGAAGAUUUAGACUCAGUGAGUCUCAAGGAGCUACAGAACUUGGAACUGCAGCUUGAUACUGCUCUUAAACACAUUCGAUGGUUUUUGCAGAACCAACUCAUCUGCGAGUCAAUCUCGGAUCCUCAGAGAAAAGUAAAGCCUCUCAAUACAUAUGAUUUGCUUGUCAAUCAUAUAAAGAAGAGCGAGCAGCAAGAUCAUGGGCUCAACACAUCAUCUUUUCUGCUGCCUCAGCCGCAUCCUUGUCGGAAUAUCGGAAGCACGUACCAGGAAGAAGCAACUCGUGUGAGGAGGAAUCAACUUGACCUUACCCUUCAACCUAUUUACCAUCUAGGAUUCUUUGCUGCUUGA